CUUAAUCCAACCUGCUUCGUCUCUUGACUUCACCUGGUCUGUCUGUACCGGUGUGCCCGACAGAUAUGGCGUCGCGUCCCGGUCCCGGUCCACGAGACCGUCUAGGCUCUGUUUCUUCAACAGCGACCGCGCGAAAGAGACAUCGUCGUUCCGGCUAUAUUUUGACCUGUGCUAAUUGUCGGAGGCGAAAGACCCGUUGUGAUGGCGGCCAGCCAUCCUGCUUAAUAUGCCAAGCUUAUCACGAUGAAUGCUGCUACGACAAGGCCCCACCAAUGUCACAGAUCACUUGGAUGGCCAAACGCCUGCAGGAGCUGGAAUUGAUGGUGACCGAUUCGCGUUCUGCAAUAGACAGUGCAGAAACACCUGCCACUAAGCUAGCUCCAUCGCCAGUUAGCCCAGAAUCAACUGCGAAUUCUAUCGAGGUGCACGGUCCAGCUCCGGAGCUGCCAGACUUGAAUGUAGAUGCAAACGGCCGGUUUAUUUAUUAUGGUUCAACAUCAGCUUUGGAACAACCCUUCUCCGAAGCAGAUGCCGACCACUCAUCGGAGUACGAGAAAUGUGAAGCGCGAACAAAUUUAGUCACAAGUGCUCUACAUUCCAGAAAUUUGGAAGAGAUCGCUCUAGGAAACGCCGCUUUGCGAGUUGAUAUUCCGAGGGAAUUCGUCGACCAGCUACUUCAUACACACUGGGCUUGGAUCCAUCCGGUAUUCAUGUUUGUAUACCGGCCCGCUUUCAUGCGUGACAUGGGCUCUGGUGGAAAAUACUUUUCUAAACUCUUAUUGAGCGUGAUGUGCUGUCAUUCUACUCGCUUCACGAAGAAAGAAUUGGCAUCACAGCUAUUAAUGCGGGUGCAUCUUCUCAUGGGCGAGGAUAUCCAAGACAACAUUUCGAUUCCUACGGUUCAAGCAUUGCUGCAACUAAGUGCUCGACAAGUUGGCCAAGGCGCUGUAUCCCAAGGAUGGCUAUACAGCGGCAUAGCAUUCAGAAUGGCCAUCGACUUGAGUCUAUUUAAUAAAAGCGAUCCGACGACUUGCAGUGCGGAAGACCGAGAGAUACGCAAACGAUUGGCAUGGUCAUGCUUUUGCUGGGACAAGGCAGUAAGCUUGUAUCUAGGACGGAUGCCUGCACUGCGAGAGCCGCCUAUGGUCGAUCUGACGCUGCUUGAUGAUUUUGCAGAACAUGAAACAUGGCAGCCUUACUAUGGUGCCGACGGCGACGGUUCCAAGACAUACCCCGAAACGCCAUGUUACACGGUCUCUUGUUUCAUUAGUCAAUGUAGACUUUGCGUGAUCAUAAAUGACAUAAUCUUGGGUCUUUAUUCGGGAAAGAGGCUUGAGAGUGUCGGCACAUUUGUGCGGAAUAUGCGCCAUAAGCUGGAUUUUUGGUGGGCAACUCUUCCGGCCCAUCUUCGAAUUGAAACUAGCAGUCUACCGGCUGUUUUGCCUCCGCCUCACAUUAUUUCGCUCAACAUGCUAUAUUACACAAGCGUGAUACUUCUGCAUCGCCCAUUUCGGAGCGUACCUGACUGCCGGAGUAAUUGCCGACAGGCUUCUCAGGCUGUUGAGUCCAUUAUUGUGGGAUAUGGCAAUACUUUCGGGUUUAACCGGAUCCCUUAUUUGAUGUCGUACUGUAUCUAUACGGCCGCCACAAUCGUCAUGGAAGACUUGAAGGACGGGUUUUCGGGAGACCGUGAGCGUAUAGAGCUUUUCCUCGAGGCGUUAGAGUGUGCUAAAGUGUCAUGUCCGGGCAUCCAGCGGAGUAUCGAUAUUAUCCGGCGCAACUUGGCUCCGAGUAUGACUGCAUCCAGCCAGCAAGUACUGAUGCCGAAUUAUAUUAGCAAUACCCCUGCUGUGGACCCCUCGAUUCCAACCUUCCCUUUCAUUUCCGUUGAUGGAAUUUCUGCGGGAGAUUAUGGCAUGCUGUCGUCGCAUCAGCCAUACCUGGCAACCUUCAGUUCAUUCACCGAGUAAACUCCAACUUGGAAAUCAUCUUUUGCGCCAAAAAUUUCAGCUA